GACCAAUGCCUUUUCAGAGUCUGUGAAUCGUCGAAACAUGGCGCACUGCAUAACCCGAACUCUCAGGAAAUCAGUUCUGCAAGAUGUGCAUCGGACUCGUUCCAUCCCGUUGGCAGCCGGAUCGUGGUGGGGCUGUUGCCAUGUUGGCCGCCGUGCCCACCACGUCCCGGGCACGUCGCUGAAGUACGUGCCCCGGCGCGCCGUCCUCUACGUGCCUGGCAACGACGUAAGGAAGCUGCGCAAGCUGACCUCCCUGGACGUGGACUGUGCCGUGCUGGACUGUGAAGAUGGAGUGGCCCUCAGUAAAAAGGCAGAGGCGAGGGAGACCAUCCCCAAGAUGUUGGUGGAGCUGGACCUGGGCCGCACAGAGAAGUGUGUGCGGGUGAACUCGGUGUCCAGCGGGCUGGCGGAAGCCGACCUGGAGGUCAUCCUGGGGGCCCAGGUGCUGCCCACCGCCCUCAUGCUGCCCAAGGUGGAGGACACCGGGGAGGUGCACUGGUUUGUUGACAGAUUUCAGCAUCACUUGAAAGGCCGGUCGCUGGCGGAGCCCAUUCGGUUGGUCACCUUUGUGGAAACUGCUGUGGGUCUGCUAAAUUUUAAGGAUGUGUGUGCGGAGGUUCGGGAGCUCGGCCCCAAGGCUGGGCUGCAUCACGACGGCGUGGUCUUCGGGUCCGACGACUUCUGUGCCAGCAUAGGUGCCACGCGCACCAAGGAUGCCCGGGAGCUGCUGUACGCCCGGCAGAAGGUGGUGGUGACCACCAAGGCGUUUGGCCUGCAGGCCAUUGACCUGGUCUACAUCGACUACCAGGACGGGGACGGGCUGAGGCAACAGGCCCGGGAGGGAGCGCUCAUGGGCUUCACUGGCAAGCAGGUGAUCCACCCCAACCAGAUCAGGGCGGUGCAGGAGGAGUUCUCCCCCAGUGCGGAGAGAAUAAGCUGGGCAACAGAGCUCAUUGCUGCCUUUGAGGAACACCAGAAGUUGGGCAAGGGUGCGUUCACCUUCCGUGGCAGCAUGAUUGACAUGCCGUCGCUAAAGCAGGCCCAAAACAUCGUCACCUUGGCUUCGGCCGUCCAGCCCAAGUGACCUCCCCUCUCGACCUGCCCCCGACCACACCUGCCCAAACCUGACCAGAGCAACCCACCGCCCAGGGCUGACUUCUACCUGUGCCCCCAUCCCUUCAGCCCAUUCAUCUGCAGGUCAUCCAGAGACUGAGCCAGACUGCCCCUAACCCUCUCAAAGACAUCUGCUGCCCAUCCCUGAUCUCUCUACUGUGCAGAGUGACGCCGAUUGUAAUGCUGAUUUGUUUUAAAUCAUUUAUAAAAUGUCUGAAAAUACUA